GAAGCUCUCUGUUUCCCCUGACUCUCAGUCAUACACUGUGCAGGAAUAUCGGUUGAAGAGCCUGAACCUACUAUGGCUUCCUGCUAUGUUGAGCCGUCAAUACUCAGUGCUUGGAUACAAGAUGAGGAUGAGGAAGGGAAAGAACCAAAAUCCCCACAAAAGAGCUCAAGUGAUGAGUCUGAGGAGUCGGAACCUGAGCCAUCACUGGCUUGUGUGGUGCGAAGGAAGGUUUCUUUUGCGGACGCCUUUGGCUUGGACUUGGUUUCUGUUAAGGAGUUCGAUAACAGAGUUGAGAGUACUGAAGAGAGAGAGGGAGAGGAGUACCACCUGUCCUGCAUCUUCAGCAUCCCAGCCUCGGAUGAGGAGCUGAAGCUCCGGCUUUGGCAGAACAAGCUGGAGCUGGAGGGCAUUGAGCUCCUGCCUGGCUCCACCACCAUCCGUGGCACUGUCCGUGUGCUUAACCUCUCUUAUCACAAGGUUGUAUAUGUACGCGUUACUUUGGACGGAUGGCAAAGCCACUUUGACCAGCAAGCUGAAUAUGUUCCUGGCUCCAGCGAUGGAGAAACAGACCGCUUCUCCUUCCAACUCACCCUCAUGCCUCCCUUUCCAUCUGAUGGGGCACGGGUGGAGUUCUGCCUCCGCUAUGAAUCCCCCGCUGGAAUCUUUUGGGCAAACAAUGGAGGUAUGAACUAUGUGCUGUUCUGCCAUCAGAGAGGAGGGAGAUUACUGAAAGAGAAGGAGGGAGGGAAAGAAAGGGAGACUGAAGAAAACAGUCAAAAGGGAAAAAAGAGCUGCUUGAAAGCUAUCAAAAAGGACAGUUUUGCUGAGGUGAAGCCCAUGGACAUGAGCAAUGAACUCUCAGAACAAGAGUCACACAGGUCUGCAGAUAAUAAGAAAGAGAAAACUCAGCACAAAGUGGAAAGUCCAUCAAGAAAUGCAUUUGAGGAGAGUUACAAAACAUUGGCUGAAAGACAGAGCAGACGACGAGCAGCUCAGUUGGCAUACUUGCAAGACUAUUUCUCUCAUAGGGAGACAGAAGUCCAGCUAGGUCAACCUUCACAUCAAGAAAAAUCAAAGAGAGAUUUAAAUGUGGUGCUACCCAUGCCACAACACAGUAUUCCAGUGAUGGCAGACACCUCUAGUACACUUCAAGUGUGCAGCAGAAAGGAACACAAUAGGAAUGCAUCACUGAUUCUACCUGAGCAUCAGAUUCCUUUACCUCCACUGGACUGGAGAUCGCCACUGGACAUCUCACCUCCACCUCCCUCUCGUUCAGACACUUCUGAGGUCAGUAGUGGAACAAGGCUGGAUGUUCUUGAGAAAGAACAAACAGAGGCUGUGUCAACAGAGUUGUCAAAUGAUGCCUGGAAAUCUUUCCUCAAUGCAACAGAUAGCAUAGACAACCACAACAAUGCUUUGAACCAAAAGUGCUUGCUUUGUGUCACAGGGUCCAAUGCUUCCCAACCAUCAAAUCCAGAAUAUGAUGUGUCCAAUAUGGGGGACAAGAUAUUAUCAGUGUGGAAUACCCAGGAGUCUGCAGUGACCAGUGGGAAUGGAUCACACCAGUGCUUUGUAGCAAUAGAAACUCUAGAGUCUGAUCCUGCUAAACUGUCACAAGAUCUUGAUCCCAGUCAUAUGAGUGAAGUGUUGAGUUAUAAGUAUCCUGAAAAGGCACAGAUCAGUUCUGAACCACACACUGUCCAGGAAUCAGAAUCAAUCUGGGCUCAUUGGAGGCCUGGUGUCACUGAGGCCCCACAUGACAGACACACACUUAGUGAAAGGCCUUUUAGUGAAGACGAGUCCAUACUGUUAACCAAUCCAGGAGAGACAGCCCAUUCUGAGGAUGCCACAGAGGCACUGGAUUGCAAACCAGGACAUGGAGUCUUGCUUGAAGAAUGUGCAAGCAGUACAGGGUCGUUAGACAUAGGAAUGAAGAUGAAAGUAGCUGAGGACACUUUGACAUUUACCAGGAUUAAGAAUAAACCCUUUACAGACAGUAGGGAGUCUUUAGAAAGACAACAUAUAGAUCAACGUGGAGUACCAAAGAAAAAGAAAGAACAUAUCAAGGAAGAAAAUGAGAAUGCAUCCCAAAUGAAUAGGAUAUCUUUGAGUGUGUAUUCUGAAGAAGCUUUAGUGGUACGAAGAAGCAGCUUGCAAGAGGAUAAUGAGAAACCAUCCCAUUUAAAAGACGGGAACACAGAAAUAUGGAUUUCAUCGAGGACAAGUGUGAUGUGUGAUGAAGGUGAACCAUAUAAACAGACUGAAUGUCUUGAUAGGGGAGAAAAGGAGACUGUGUGUUAUGAUUUGGUGAAAAAGGGAUUCUCUAAUUCCAGUGAGCAGCAAGGAGAAGAAAUAUCCUCUGUCAAAAAUAUAGCUGAUAGAGAAAGUGAAAAUGAUUUAAAGGCUGAGGGUCAGAGCAUAUAUGGAAGGCAGCAUGAGGGUGAUGACGACAAAGACAAGGAACUAUACAAACUUCUAAGUUCCCCUGAAACUUGUCCACAUACACCCAAUCUAUGUAUAACCAGCCACACCAGUCAUCCAUCUGGGCAUUUCGUCUGGAUAGAAUCUGUAAGUGAGGGUGAGCUUCUUCUUUUUCCAUCCCCUCACAAGGGUUUUGAGAGUGAGGAGACUCUGAGGUAUAGAGUAGCUCAGGACCUUCAGGAUCCAGAUGUGGAGACUGAGUUUCUUCCAGUUCGUCCAUUCUCCAGGACCGCUUCCCCAUCACUGGGCACAAUGUCCAGCUGGCUGCUGGUGUGCUGGGCCAUAACCUCUACUCUGAGCUACAUCACUGGGGCCCUUGUGUGUGCCAUCCUGUUUGUGAUCUUUGUAACUGCUUAUUUGCAUGACCUCCCAGUUUGCCUGGCUAUUUACCUCUUGUCUGCAUGCUGGUGGUGUAGACAGGGCAUGAAAAAGCGUGCGACCACCACUGACAGUGAGGACUGACAUCAGUAAAGGAAAUGUUUCACUUUAAGGGCCCAACACCAGUUGUCUAUAUGUACCAGAGUGGCAUUUCUUUCUUCUGAGGAUAUUGUUUUCCUAAAUAAAAUAAUUUGAUGUUCAUUUUUGAA